AUGCCUUCCCUUGAGAACCCCACCUUCCAGAGUGAGGCUCGGUUGCUCCUCGUCUCCAAUCGGCUUCCAAUCACCAUCAAGCGAUCGGAUGAUGGUCGCUAUGACUUCUCCAUGUCCUCCGGUGGCCUGGUCAGCGGAUUGAGUGGCCUGUCCAAGUCCACGACCUUCCAAUGGUACGGCUGGCCCGGUUUGGAGGUCCCGGAGGAGGAGAUUCCCGUUGUGAAGCAACGCCUGAAGCAGGAGUAUAACGCUGUGCCAGUGUUCAUUGAUGACGAGCUGGCAGAUCGUCACUACAAUGGCUUCUCUAACUCUAUUCUCUGGCCCCUCUUCCAUUACCAUCCCGGUGAGAUUACCUUUGACGAGUCCGCCUGGGAGGCAUACAAGGAGGCCAACCGUCUCUUCGCCAAAGCGGUUGCGAAGGAAGUUCAAGAUGGCGACUUGAUCUGGGUGCAUGAUUAUCACUUGAUGCUCCUUCCCGAGAUGCUGCGCGAGGAGAUCGGCCAGAGCAAGGAAAAUGUCAAGAUUGGCUUCUUCCUCCACACGCCCUUCCCUAGCAGCGAAAUCUACAGAAUCCUCCCAGUGCGGAACGAGUUGUUGCUCGGUGUUCUGCAUUGCGACCUGAUCGGGUUCCAUACCUACGACUACACUAGACACUUUUUGAGUGCUUGCUCGCGACUCUUGGGCUUAACAACUACACCUAAUGGGAUUGAGUUCCAGGGCAAGAUCAUUGCCUGCGGUGCCUUCCCUAUCGGCAUCGACCCGGAGAAGUUUGAAGAGGGGUUGAAGAAGGAGAAGGUCCAGAAACGCAUUGCGAUGCUGGAACAAAAGUUCCAGGGCGUGAAACUCAUGGUGGGUGUGGACCGCUUGGAUUACAUCAAGGGUGUCCCCCAAAAAUUGCAUGCCCUUGAGGUGUUCCUUAGCGAUCAUCCGGAGUGGGUUGGCAAGGUUGUCCUGGUCCAGGUUGCUGUUCCUAGUCGACAAGAUGUGGAAGAAUACCAGAACUUGAGAGCUGUUGUUAAUGAGUUGGUGGGCCGGAUUAACGGCAAAUUUGGCACCGUUGAAUUCAUGCCUAUCCACUUCCUGCACAAGUCUGUCAACUUUGACGAGCUAAUUGCUCUGUACGCGGUUUCCGACGCCUGCAUUGUUUCGUCGACCCGCGACGGAAUGAACCUCGUUGCCUAUGAGUACAUCGCCACACAGAAGAAGCGUCAUGGUGUCUUGGUGCUUUCCGAGUUCGCGGGUGCCGCUCAGAGCCUGAACGGCAGUAUCAUUAUCAACCCCUGGAACACCGAAGAGCUGGCGGGUGCUUAUCAGGAAGCGGUAACCAUGAGCGACGAGCAGAGGGCCCUCAACUUCUCCAAGCUCGACAAAUAUGUCAAUAAAUAUACAAGUGCUUUCUGGGGCCAGUCCUUCGUGACCGAACUGACUCGCAUCUCGGAGCAUUCGGCGGAGAAGUUCCAUGCUAAGAAGGCUUCUUUCAGCGACAACAACUCCGAGAACGGAGAACGUUCUAACGGUGUAGAUACCCCGGACCAGGAGCAAGUGGCACAGUGA